CAAAAUAAUCAAAGUAAAUAGAAUAAAACAAAAAUAAAUUAUAAAUUACAAAAAUCAAAAAAAAAAAAAAGCAACAAAAAAAAUGUUAACCAUCAAUUAUGUGAAUCGUUGGAGGAUAACGAUAUUUCUAUCGUUCUUCAUUAAAAUAUGUGCAUCAAAUGAAAUUGUAUUAGUUUCACAAAUAUCACCAAAAUCUGCUAAUUUAGAUGAAUAUAAAUUUGAUUCAGAUGAUGAUAUGAGCCCAAUAUUAACAUCUUCUCAUAUAUUAAAUUUAGAUAAUAAACAAAAUAUUGAUGAAAAUAAUGAAUAUCAACAUCAUAGAAUAGAAAGAUCAGCAUUACCAAUUUUAAAUGAAAAUGAAUCAAAAUCAAAAUUAGAUAUUGAUAAAGUUAAAGAUAAUAUUAGUCCAAAUGGUAUUAAUCAAGGACGAUAUAUUAAUUUAAUUAAACCAACAUCUACCGUAGCAAAAGCUCAAGAAAAUAUUAAUGAAAUUUCUAAAACACAUCGAAUGGGAAAAAAUAUUGAAGGUACAAAUCCUUUUUUAGGGAUAAGGGACCUUCGAUCACGAACAUCGGGGUCCCAAUUAAUACCGAACAAUGUUAUGCAGACAUCGGAUAUUGUUUUGCCAACUAAAGCAAUACCAUCAUCAUUUACAUUGCCAGCAAAUAGUUUUACUGGUGUAGAUGCACCAAUUAAACCAAGACAAAAUCAAAAUCCAGAUAUUCAGGAUAUAAUAACGGGAAUUGUUAAAUUAUUAAAUGGAAAUGUUAAUGUACACGCUAAUACACAGGUUCAUAGAAGACCAGUCGCUAGUAGAAUAAAUAAUCGUGGACCACCAAGAAUAUCAGAAGCACAACCUUUACCGAUUGAUUAUGAUAUACAAAAACCACCAAUUGGUUCAUCAAUGUUACCACCAUUUUCAUUUGAUAAUCCAGCUCGUCCAUUUUUAAAUGGUAUUCCAAUACCAGAACAAAUUGUUCCAGUUUCACCAAAUUCAAAUAAUAGACCAUCCGGUUUUAUCAAUCCAAAUAGAAAUCCAUGGCAAAGACCGAGACCAAGACCACCACCAAUUAAUAAUGGUAAUAAUAAAAAUCGAAGACCAGGUGGAACUCAACAUAUUCCAGGCUUAAUGAAAGACGAAACAUAUAAUACAGAUGCUUCACCGCCACCACCUACUGGAGCUGGACCAGCUUACACAACAAUUAAUUUAGAUAAAACUAAUGAUACCCUUGAUGUAUCGGCAACAGAUUCUUAUGAUAAUAAAAAUGGUCCAUCUGAUGAAUUAGAAGGUGCAGAAGAAUCUGAUAAUUCAAUAAAUGCAUCUGCUGCUAUAGAAUCGGGAAAUAUUGAAAAUGAAUCGAUUAAUGCGAUGAUGACACCAACAUAUGAGGAAGAAGAAUUAUCUCAGAAAAAACCAAAUUAUCCAAAUAGUCAACCUAAUCUACAUGAGGAAAUGUCUACAACCGAAGAAUCAAGAGAAACAACGUUAGUGGAUAUUGAUGAAGAUAAAGCAUCAACUUUACAACCAACCACAGUAACAAGCAUCCCUCAAGUUACAAGUUCUACUAUUAAUAUAGAUCAUUCAACCAAUGAGAAUGUCUAUAUUGAGGGCAGCAUGUCUGAUGAUAUUCUUUUCAUAACAUCAAUGCGAACUUCUUCCCUCGAUGAAUCUGAUUAUACUACUACGUCUUCCUCAAUACCAGACACAACAAAGCAUACUCCAGAAACCACUGUUUUUGUAACUAAAGAAUUAUCGGCCACUGAAAGUUCUUCUCUUCCCACCUCCUCUUCAAUUUUACCAUCAACCCCAUCAAUAAUAAAGCCCUCCUCAACACAUAUACCUACAAAUUUAUCAUCCUCCUAUCAUCCUCGUCCUGGUAUUGUAUUAGAUGAUCCAGAAUUUAAACCUGGUGGUAUAGUACGGCCAUCUAAUUAUAAUAGACCUCAGAUUCAACCAACUCGUCAACAUUUACUUCCUGGCUAUGGAGAAAUAUUCGAUGUAACUUUAUCGGCAAUUCAAGGACCUGGAAAUGGAGCAAGUGGGUCCAAACAAACUAUUAACAUAAAACCAUAUGGAGGAGGUGCAAAUAGUAAUCAUAACCAAAAUGACGUCGUUGGAUAUCCAAUUAAUAUCGGUAAUGAUGACAUUAUAAUUUCACCAUCAGGUGAUCAAGGUUUUGUCUCAAUUGAUGGUAAACGAACUUAUAUAAAUCUGUUUGGUGAACCUACAGAUGCACCAUCUGUACCAACACCAGCAUCCGAAACAACUAGUAUACAACCAUCAGUAUCACCACCAGGUAUAACACAUCAUCAUCCGCAUGUAUCUAACAGUCAACAUAAAAAUAAUUCACCGGGAUCAUCAAAUCAACAUGAUCAACAACCAUCACUUGGUAUUGGAUAUGUUGAACCCGAUUUAACACCAAUUAAACCUCAACUCUCUAAAAUUCCACAACGAACUAAUAGUAUACAGGGUAAUAACGGCGGCCUUGGUGUAACCGGCAUAAAUCAACGACCGCAUUAUAGGCCACGAACAACCCAACCACCUGUUCGAAUAGAUACAUGUAUUGUUGGUGAUGAUUCUACAUGUGACCAAGCACAAAACGAGAGAUGUAGGACUGAAAAUGGAGUCUCCAGCUGCCACUGCAGGCCGGGAUACUCUAGAAGAAAGCAUCGAGAACCCUGCAGGCGUGUUGUAUCAUUCUUUUUGAGCCUAAGAGUUGACAGAAUAUAUGAGCGUCGAAUAGUGUGGGAUGAAAAAUUACGAGAUAAGAAUAGCGAACAUUUUGGGCAAUUAAGUUAUGAAUCUAUAAGAGCAAUUGAUUCGGCGAUGUCAAUGACCCCAUUCUCAGAUGAGUUUAUGGAAGCAAAAGUCAAUAAUAUUUACCAAGGAGAUCCUAGUCGUGGAGCGGCUGGUGUGUUUGUAAAUUUAACUAUGAAGUUGGAAGAAAAUUCUGAAACACUUAGACCAACUUUACGCAGUGAUGUUCAAAAACAUCUGUUAGGAGUCAUUCAUCGUCGAAAUAAUAAUAUUGGAAAUUCUGUUUUAUAUGUUGAAUCACCACCGGGUUCUAUAUCAAAUUUACAAGAUUUAGAUGAAUGUCAAUCACAAGAAUUAAAUGAUUGUCAUCGGAAUGCACAAUGUACAAAUAUUUGGGGUAGUUUUCGAUGUCAAUGCAAUAAAGGAUUUCGAGAUCCAUGGUCAGAUCAACCGCAAAGAGCUGGUAAAGAAUGUCAAACAUGUCCUGAUUCACAUUGUAAUAAUCGUGGUACAUGUAAUUAUGAUAUGGAUGGUUUACAAAUUUGUACAUGUGAAGGAAAUUUUUAUGGUUCACAAUGUGAAAUUGAUGGAGAAGUUUUAGGUGUAGCAAUUGGUGCAUCAGUUGCAGCUGUUAUAAUUAUUGUAUUUACAUUAGUUUGUUUAAUAAUGUGGUCAAGAAGAUGGAGACGAGAACAAAAAAAUGCUAUUGGAUCACCUGUAUUCGGUUAUAUGAAUACAGCACCAAUUGUAAAAAAUGGUUCUGGUUUAGGACAUCCAGCAUAUCAAGUUACAUUAGAGGAUAGAAUGAGAUGGGCACAAAUAGCAGAUGUUAUUGCUCAAUCAAAUCAUUAUGGGAGUGAACCUGUAGCGAAUAGCACUAGACCAUCUUCAGCAAUGUUUGGAUAUCCAAAUUUGCAAGCAAUGGGUAUGGGAACUUUAGUACCAGUUGGACCAACAGCUUUACCAAUACAUCAUUCAAGUGGAACACAACUGCAACCACCAGUUCCAUUGCCAAGAAGACUUGGUAUUCAGCAUAGAUCGAAUGGUAUGAGAACAUUAGAAAAUUCAAGUUCAAGUGAAGAAGAAGAUAGAACAGAUUUAUUAGGUAGAAAUUUUCAUGUACCAAGACCAAAAAGUCGUAGUAAUGGUAGCAUAACGAAUCAAUCUGGAAUUUAUUAUGAUGUUGAAUAUGAACCAUCUGGAUGUGAUUUAUAUGGUGGUACAACAACAACUUCAAUAUCAAAUAAUAAUUUAUCAGUUCAUCAUAAUACAACGUCUGGACCACAAGGAAUACCAAUGAGUACGUACACGUCAUCAAGGACGCCGGCAUCAACAUAUUAUAUGAAAUGAUAGAUGUAUUAUGGCCAUUUUUUAGGAUUUUUUUUUUUUUUUUAAUGCAAAUAAUUUC